AUGUCAACUAGAAAGUCAAACAAGGCUAAAAAGUCGUAUAGGACUCAGAAUUCGUUGGGAUCAUAUUCUCUUCCUGGAAAUUCAUCACGCAACAAGCAUCAACUGUACGACGCAGCCAAUGUCGGUCUCGAUGUGAUGGGGAAUAUAUCCGAGGGAUCCGAGCUGCUUGCUCCUCUGAAAGCUGCGUGUCGAACAACGAAAUCGAUCCUCGAAGCGAUAGAUAGCAAUCAAGAAGGAUGGAGCGACCUAGCACGGCGUCUCACGAAUUACAUGGGCGCACUAGAAAACCAAAUCACGUUAUUUGAGAUACAUCCUAUAGAGAACAGAGCCGUCAACGAGGCGGUCAGCCGACCGCUGAUCCAAUAUGUCGAAUUUCUCGAAGAUAUGCAUGAUCGGAUCAUUGAACUAAAGGAGACACGCAGCCGCGGCAGACUGGGCCUGUUCAAAGCGUUCAGCAAAGUCAAAGUCGAUAUGGAGGAGAUCCGUAUGCUUAACCAAGAUAUAGAGGAUCGGCAUAGGCAGCUCAUGGAAGCAUUAGGUCUCUUCACCGCGUUGCAUACUCAAGUCAUAGAGCAGAAUACGAAGACUCUUCUAACAGAUGUCGACACUGGAGCUAUUCUUCAGCUACCAACAGUAGCAGUUCUUGCAUCCUCGGUACAUACGACCUGUAUGGAAGGCACACGGACGGCGGUUCUUCAGACAAUCUCCUGCUGGGCCGAGGAUGACACGUCGGACAAGCCAAUAUUUUGGCUCUGUGACAUAGCCGGCUCCGGUAAAUCCACAGUUGCAAUGUCCGCAGUGGCAUCGUGGCGGAGACAGGGAGUACUCGGCGGUCGAUUCUUCUUCUCCUUGGCCAGCAGCGAAGGGUCGACCACUGACAAAUUCUGCUCGACCAUAGCCAGGGAGCUCGUGCAGCAAAUGCCCGAACUGGGUCCACAUAUCGCUGCGGUUGUGAAACAAAAUCCCGAUAUCAUGCGAAGCUCAAUCGAAGAGCAAUUCAGGGCGCUCAUCGUCCACCCUCUCCACCAUCGGCAAGGCCGUACAAUCAUUGUAGUCGAUGCACUCGAUGAAUGCAAGUCUGGAUCACAGAGACGAGAACUUCUCGAAACAUUUUCCAAGGCAGUUCGAGAGAGCGAGAACCUCAAAAUCUUCAUGACGAGCCGACCUGAUCCUGUCAUCGAAGCAGUCUUAGGGCCGCUCUCCAUCAAAUCAAAGCUGGGAGAUCGCCUCCACGAUGUCAAGCACCGCGAUAAUAUUGACGACGUCGCGUUAUAUGUACACCAGUCGCUCGAUGGCAUAUUACCUCUUGACAAGAGGCAGCGAAUAGUCGAGAAGGCCAAUGGGUUGUUCAUCUGGGCGAGCACUGCUUGCCGAAUGCUUACAAGCGAGACAAUUUUAUACACUCCUGAAAGCAUAUAUGAACGUCUGGUUUCGUUAAACCAGGUUGGAGCCAUGGACGAAAUAUAUGACCUUGUAUUCGAGCGGAUGGAUCCAGAGGCUCUCUCAGUCAUGAGCGAAAUGCUCGCUCUGCUCCUUGUAGCGUGUGAGCCACUCACCACCGACGAAUUGGAGGACAUUUUGAAGCAAGUUGGAUUGCAAGGAAGUGGGAGGGCACUUGUGAAGAAUCUUGGAAGCGUACUUAGUGCGGACGAGAGUACGAAAUUGAUUCAGUUUCGUCAUCCGACCCUGGUUGAGUACCUCCGACGGUGCUCGAUUGUCACUGCGGUCAAUGGCCGCCGUAAACUCAAUAUCAAAGCCGCCAAUGCACAUGGUCAGGUCGCACUUUGGUCCUUUAAACGCCUCAAGUCGCGGACCGAAGGUCUCAAGUUCAACAUUUGUCAACUCGAGUCAUCGUUCUAUCUAAACCGAGAAAUAUCCGACCUUGAUGCAAGGAUAUCCAAGUUCAUCCCAAGGAAACUUCGAUAUGCCAGUUCCAAUUGGCUGUUUCACGUUGCGGAGACGGAUGACUAUUGGCGAAGCGCACUCAAAAGCGAACUUGAACACAUUAUGCAAAUUCCGUAUGUUUUAUACUGGAUGGAGAUCCUGAGCUUUACUGGAGGAGUGCCACAAGCAAUAGCAGAUCUUCGGACUGUUACUCGGCACGCAAGGAUUGAAGAGAAGACGAGAAGUGACAUGACCGAGAUCCGACGUUUUCUGAUGGCGUUCUCGGUACCAAUCCAAGAUAGCGCCCCGCAUAUUUACAUUUCUGCACUUCCAUUCACGCCUGUGAAGUCAAAAAUGCACCUAUGCGGCCUUGAUAUAUACAAAAACACCCUCAAAGUGACUCGAGGACUUGAGGAUAUGUAUCAUAGUCUUCCAAGGACUCUUGUGGGUCACAAUGGCUCGGUCAACUCCGUCGCGUUCUCACCUGACAGCUCACGGAUCGUGUCUGGCUCGGAAGACAGGAAGCUUCGACUGUGGGACGCAGACACGGGUCAGCCAUUGGGAGAGCCAAUCCGAGGUCACUAUGGCUCUGUCAAUGCCGUCGCAUUCUCGCCAGACAGCUCACGAAUCGUAUCUGGCUCAAACGACGGUUCAAUUCGAUUAUGGGAUGCACACACUGGCAAGCCUUCAGGGACGCCAAUCUGGGGACAUGAAGACAUAGUUUUGGCUGUCCAAUUCUCGCCAUGUGGCUCUCAAAUCGUCUCUAGCUCGAGAGACCACACAAUUCGAGUGUGGGAUGCGGAUACUAGUCAACCAUUGGGGGGGCCAAUUCGAGGUCACCAAGACUCGGUCAAUGCCGUCGAAUUCUCACCAGACGGCUCACAAAUCGUCUCUGGCUCUUCAGAUGGCACAAUUCGUCUAUGGGACGCAGACACCGACCAACCAUUGGGAGAACCAAUCAGAGGCCAUAACAACCCUGUCACUGCCGUCGCAUUCUCGCCAGACGGCUUACGAGUCGUCUCUGGCUCGCAGGAUGGUACGAUUCGAAUAUGGCACGCCGACACUGGUCAACCGUUAGGAGGGCAGAUACGGGGUCACGAAAAUUCGGUCAAUGCCGUCAAAUUCUCGCGAGACGGCUCACAAAUUGUCUCUUGCUCACACGACGAAGUGAUUAGAAUUUGGGACGCAAACACCGGUCAGCAGUUAGGACGCUCAAUAUGGGGACAUGCAUCGCCAGUCCUCACCGUCGCAUUCUCGCCAGAUGAUUCACGAAUCGUCUCUGGCGCUUACGAGCGGACUAUUCGACUGUGGGACGCAGACACUGGCCAGUCAUUGGGAGAGCCAAUUCGGGGUCACCAAGACUCGAUUAAUGCCAUCGAAUUCUCGCCAGACGGUUCACGAAUCGUCUCUAGCUCCGUGGACAAGACAAUUCGACUAUGGGACACAAUCACUGGUCAGCCGUUGGGGGAUCCUAUCCUGGGCCACACAGGCUCGGUCAAUACUGUCGCACUCUCCCCUGACGGCUCGCGGAUUGUGUCUGGCUCGGAGGACAUGACACUUCGAUUGUGGGACGCAGGCACGGGCCGGCCACUGGGAGAGCCCAUCAGGGGUCACCAAGGCAGGGUCUUUACCGUUGGGUUCUCACCAGAUUGCUUCCGGAUCCUCUCGGGCUCGGAAGACAUGACCCUUCGGCUGUGGGACGCAGAUACUGGCCAGCCGUUGGGGGUGCCAAUUCGGGGUCACCAAGACUCGGUCCGUGCCGUCAAAUUCUCGCCAAACGGCUCAUUAAUCGUCUCUGGCUCGAACGAUGCGACUAUCCGACUGUGGGACGCAGAUACCGGUCAACCGUUGGGGGAGCCAAUUCGAGGUCACCGAGGCUCGGUAACAGCCGUCGAUUUCUCGCCAGAUGGUUUACGGAUUGUCUCUGGUUCUCAAGACAAGACAAUUCGACUUUGGACACAACCACUGGUCAGCCCGGUCGCAUUCUCGCCUAACGGCUCGCGAAUAGUCUCUAGCUCUUUGGGAAAGACAAUUAGACUGUGGAACGCAAACACUGGCCAGCAGUUGGGGGAGGCGAUCAGAGGUCACCAGAAAUCCGUCGCUGCCGUCAAAUUCUCUCCAGACGGCUCAAAAAUCAUCUCGGGCUCUGACGACAAGACAAUUCGACUGUGGAAUAUAGAAACUGGUAGAAACACAAUCAAUACCAAGAAGGAUUACAUGGAUCAUGUUUCCUCAGCUGUACCACCGGAAAGUUUUCUCAAGAUCCAUGUACCUGGCUUCAACCAGUGCGUACUUUUGCAAGAUGGCUGGGUGCAAUCUUCUGACUCCGCGACUUCUGAUUACUAUGCCAACAGCGAGUCCGUUCCGCGCAACCAAGCUUGA